UUGAAAACACCUCUCUCCAUUUUGAUCCAUAAACAAACAAACAAACAAACAAACAAACAACCGCGUAACGCAAACGCGACCUGCUUGUGCUGCUGCUACACAAUUCAGGAUCAGCGAAAACCCGCUAGGGUUUCUUCCUUCUGCUAAUCUACCCAAAAUGGCUGAUCCUGAGUUGGAAGCAAUCAGACAGAGAAGGAUGCAGGAGCUCAUGGGUCGCCAGGGCGCGGGAAGUCAGCAGGACCCUGAACAGAAGGCGGCUCAGGAGGAUGCGAAAAGGGAGGCUGAUGAACGGAGGCAAAUGAUGCUUAGUCAGAUAUUGUCUGCUCAAGCGCGAGAGAGAAUUGCUCGAAUUGCUUUGGUGAAACCUGAGAAAGCCAGAGGUGUUGAAGAUGUUAUAUUAAGAGCUGCUCAAAUGGGUCAGAUAACAGAGAAGGUUUCUGAGGAAAGACUCAUAUCACUGUUGGAGCAGAUAAACAACCAAACAGCAAGACAGACAAAAGUAACCAUACAAAGGCGUCGAAAUGUUCUCGAGGAUGAUGAUUAACUUUGACACCAUCUCUUUAAAAUGAGUCUUCUGUGACUUCAUGCUUUAUCAUGUCUCUUGAAGUAUUUUAUAUGGGUUGUAUAUGUUAAUUUUCAAUUUUUGGUUGUCUUGCCAGGCCUCCAAAUUAAACUAGAAAGAUGUAUCAAUUUUCUGGCGUAUUCUUUUGUAAAACAUAUUCUAGCAUGUGGAUGACAUCUCAUAGAUUACAAGCUUUCAAUGUAUCCUGAAAUAUUUAUGUUGCAUGAAUGCUGAGUCAAUGAAAAUUGGUACCGGGUCAA